UAAAAUGUUUGGGGUAUAUGAUUACCUAACAACUUGUGCAUCCUUAACAGUGAAAUUAUGGAGUGAUAAUUAAAAAGUUCUAAUGGUUUAUAUGUUUAUAUUUAAUAGAAUAGAAGGUAAUAAUUAAAAAUAAUUAUAAAUUUUCAAUUUUAUAAUGAAUACCAUACAAAAUAUUUUCAAGGCCAAAUUGAAUAAUGUAUUUGGGAUGAUUCAUGUUAAACCAUUACCAGGUACACCGUUGUAUGGUAGAAGUAUAAAACAAAUAAUAUAUACUGCCUGCAAAGAGGCUGAAAUAUAUAUGAAAUGUGGAGUAGAUGGUAUUGUUGUUGAAAACAUGCAUGAUAUACCUUAUGUACCUGCUAAAGAAAUAGGUCCAGAAAUUGUGUCAUCAAUGACUAGAAUUUGUACAUCAGUUAGACAAUUGGUACCUGAAGAUUUACCUUGUGGUCUACAAAUAUUGGCUGCAGCCAAUGAAGAAGCAAUCGCUGUUGCACAUGCAACAGACUUCCAGUUUAUUAGGGCUGAAGGUUUUGUUUUCGGCCAUGUUGCUGAUGAAGGUUACAUGGAUGCAUGUGCUGGUAAGUUAUUGAGAUAUCGCAAAUCAAUAGGAGCACAAGAUGUGUGUAUAUUUACAGAUAUAAAAAAAAAACACAGUUCACAUGCUAUCACUCAAGAUGUAAGUUUAAUCGAAACUGCUAAAGCAGCAGAAUUUUUUCUAACUGAUGGAAUUAUAGUAACUGGAACUGCUACAGGACAACCUGCCGAACUACAGGACGUAGUUGAAGUGAAAAAGUCUGUUAAUGUUCCUGUACUUGUUGGAUCUGGCGUAACUGUUAACAAUGUACACGAGUACAGAGGUGCAGAUGGAUUCAUAAUUGGAUCUCAUUUCAAGAAAUGUGGCAUAUGGCAAAAUGAACUUGAUGAAAAUGUUAUUCUAGAAUUUAUGAACCGCCUAAAAUCUAAUUGAAAUAAAGAAACUCAAUUGGUUCAUUACUGAAUGUAAGUUGUCGUAUACUUGAUUUCAUACAGAAAAAUCAACAAACAAAAGCCAUUUACAUAAUGCGAUCUUCAUUUUUAUAGUAUGACAUAUAAGUAUUGUACUUAAAAGUUAACUAAUAAUUAGUUACAUAUUUCCA